AUGAAGGUUAUCUCUGCUUUUCUCCUUGCAAAACUCGGCGGAAACGAGAACCCAACCAAAGCGGAUUUGAAGAAGAUUUUCGAGUCCGUUGGUGCUGAAUUCGACGAAGAGAAGAUAGAUCUGUUCUUUUCUCUGAUCAAAGAUCACGAUGUGACUGAGCUUAUCGCUGCUGGGAGGGAGAAGAUGGGUGCUCUGUCUUCUGGUGGUGGUUCAGCUGUUGCUACGGUGGUCGGAGCAAGAGGCGAUGCUCCUUCCGUGGCUGAGCCAGCGUCUGAAACUAAGAAGAAGGUUGAGGAGGAGAAAGAGGAAUCCGACGAUGGUGAAGGCAUGAUGAGUCUAUUCGAUUGA